AUGGCCCGUCACAAACGUUCCCUCGAAGAGCUGGCCAACAAGUCCGACUCGGACGACGAUGACUACAGUGACCAUCCCAUACGCUCAUCCCGACGCUCUGCUUCAAGAUCGAAACCAAAAAAGAAGUCCCGACCAGCAAAGAAAAGGGCUCGUCGUGAUUCCGAUGAUGACAUCGUAUCGGAUGACGACCUCCUGAGCGACGGGGAUGAACUAUCUUAUCCGGAAUCCGAUGAGGAAGUAGACCUAAACGCUCAGAGGAAUGCUAGAGGCUUAGUCGCUCGCAGAGCCGCUACGAAUCGGCCGGUAUACAAUGAAGACGACUCCAGUAGCAUUGAAGACGCCAUCGAGGACGACGACGAAGAUGACAACGACUCGAAACCGAGAUCUCCAUCUAUGAAGCGUAAGAGCACAUUGGUAAAAUUGAAAGUCGGCAACGCUCUCAAGAAACAACCACAUUUGGACAAUACCCAAGGUAAUCGGCGGAUGACCCGGCGCACCCGUGGCCCGUCAGAGGACAUCUACGCUUUAACGAACUCGGGGCGGCAUGUGGAGAUGAUCGAGCGAGGCACGCGUAGUCCUGAAGCUGAAGUAUUACGACGGACCCGCCGUGGAUCCCAGGCAACUAAACGAACUCCUACUGUGAAUGAAGAAGAUGAACCCCAGGCAAAGCAGGAGGAAUACGUUGAAGAAACGACAAUGGAGAUCAGAGGGUCCCAGCUGGAGAUAAUGGAGAGCGACGUACAGGGCAGUUUCGAAGAAGGAGUUCCCGCCACUGCUGCUGCCAGCGGUGAGCAAGAAGCGGUCGACACUGAUGUAGGGUUCGUGCCUGAAUCUGAAAACGGGGAGGCAAAGGCCAAUGGUGGUGGUGGUGAUGAUGAUGAUGAUGAUGAUGAAGACGAAGGCCCGGUAACGAGAAGAAGAAAUAGACCGAGCCGAAGUCAACCAGUCGAGGAAACGGAGCAACCGGAAGAUGAGGAAGCAGAACAACAACAACCUCAUCGAUCCAGCCGCAAGAAGCCAAAGAGCUCUCAACGGAAGCGACAGGCGGACGAGGAGAGUGAUUUCGAACCUGAAGAGGACGAGUCCAACGAUGAUGAGCUGUCGGAGCCAGGCAAAUCACAAGCUUCGCCGCGCAAGGCAAGCCAAGCUCGCUACGAGGAGGAAGAGGAUAGUACCGCUGGGCGACGUCCCGGCUUGCGUAAAAGGGUAUCUCGAUCUCGUGGACAGUCCGAGGCAGGAGCCGAUAUCGCGGAGGAGCUUGCCGAAGAACUUGAGGAUCUCAAAGGUGGUCGAUCGCGCAGGAGACUACAGACGGAUAUUGUCUAUGAGAAGCCUCGGCGUAGUCGAAAGGAUGUGGACUACCGGAUUAUCCGACCCGAUCUCAUCCUGCCCAUCGAGGAGGCUGAAAACGAAGUCAACGAGUCCCCUUCACGCCGUGGCCGCGGUGGAGGCGGAGGAGGCGGCUGGCAGCGCACCCUUUUCCCUACCUAUGGGCCUUUCGGAGGCGGCGGACCAUCUGCGAUUCUGGCACCACCUGGAGCGCCGGCUGCGACGGGGGGUGUGGACAGCGACAGUAGCGAUGAUGAAGUGAUGCAACAUCCUAAAGGCGCGACCGGCCCUGCCCUGGGACCGUCCGGUGCUGCCUUGGUUAACACGCAGACUCAUGCUGCCGACGCUGCGCAGGGCCUGUCAGGGACACCGGCAAACCUUGGCAAGGUCAAGGAUAAGCAGGCGCUAGCCGAUGCUGAUCCAUUGGGCGUCGACAUGACCGUUAAUUUUGACAGUGUUGGCGGCCUUCAGGGCCAUAUCGACCAGCUGAAGGAGAUGGUUUCCCUUCCAUUGCUAUACCCAGAGAUUUUCCAACGAUUUCAUAUUGUGCCCCCGAGAGGAGUCCUGUUCCAUGGACCGCCUGGUACCGGUAAAACACUACUGGCGAGAGCAUUGGCGAACAGUGUCAGCUCCGAGGGUCGAAAAGUUACCUUCUACAUGAGAAAAGGAGCAGAUGCGCUCAGUAAGUGGGUAGGCGAGGCCGAGAGGCAGCUCCGGCUGCUCUUCGACGAGGCCCGCAAAACACAGCCUAGCAUUAUCUUUUUCGAUGAAAUUGACGGUUUGGCACCUGUGCGGUCAAGCAAGCAGGAACAGAUCCAUGCUUCGAUUGUUUCGACCCUCUUGGCUCUGAUGGAUGGCAUGGAUGGCCGAGGCCAAGUGAUUGUUAUUGGAGCGACGAACCGACCUGACUCUAUUGAUCCUGCUCUUCGUCGUCCUGGUCGCUUUGAUCGCGAGUUCUAUUUCCCCUUACCCAAUGUUGAGGGCCGUCGUGCUAUUCUAGAUAUCCACACGAAAGGCUGGGAUCCUCCCCUUCCCAGUGACAUCAAAGAUGAGCUGGCCGAGAUCACCAAGGGCUAUGGUGGUGCCGAUCUCCGUGCUCUUUGCACCGAAGCUGCCCUGAAUGCUGUGCAGAGGCGGUACCCCCAGAUCUACAAAUCCGACAAGAAACUUCUCAUUGAUCCGAAGAAGAUUGAUGUCACCCCCAAGGAUUUUAUGUUGGCGAUUAAGAAAAUGGUUCCCUCAUCCGAGAGGUCCACCUCCUCUGGUGCUUCGCCGCUGCCUAAGGAAGUUGAGCCCUUGCUACGCCAACCUCUCAUGGAAAUUCGAAGCUUGGUGUCCGAGAUCCUUCCUCAGAGGAAGCGACUGACCGCUCUGGAGGAAGCACAGUUUGAACAGCCCGAGGAUUCUGGAAGUUUCCGACAUGAGCAGAUGCAGCAGGAUUUCGAUCGGUCGCGAGUAUUCCGCCCUAGGAUGCUCCUUCGUGGGCCUCUGGGUAUGGGACAACAGUAUUUGGCAGCCGCCCUGUUGCAUUACUUCGAGGGGCUACAUGUCCAGUCCUUUGACCUCCCCACGCUCCUCAGUGAUUCGACUCGAUCCCCGGAAGCGACCGUCAUACAGCUCUUUGCAGAAGUGAAAAGACACAGGCCAAGUGUGAUUUACAUUCCUAACUUCCAGAGCUGGACAGAAACAGUCGGACAGGCGGUUAUAUCUACAUUUCUGGGACUGCUGCGGUCGAUUCCUCCUACAGACCCUGUUUUGCUGCUGGGAGUCCAAGAGUCGAGCGGCGAUGCAAUGGACGCUGGGCUACUGAGGAACCUAUUCGGGUUCUCGAAGAAAAAUUUCUAUGAUCUGAAAGCACCCGGCAAUGCUGCGCGACUCGAGUUUUUCAAGAAGAUUAUUGAGUAUAUCAAGGCGUCACCGGCGCAUUUUCCCGACCCUGAGAACCGCAGGCCAAGGGAACUCGAGACUUUGGAGGUUGCGCCGCCGCCGGCGCCAAAGACGGGAGUGCCACUGUCCAAAGAACAGCGGAAGGCUCAGAAAAAGAAAGACCACCAAACCCUUAACCUUCUGAAGAUCAGGAUCCAGCCUAUCAUGGACCAGAUAAAAAAAUACAAGAGAUUCAGAACCGGCGUGAUAGAUGAGUCCCAAAUCCGGUACCUGUGGGAGGAGGAUAACCCAAAUAUUGUGACGAGCGACUUGCCAAUUGAGCAACGGACCACUUUCCGGCCAUUUGAGAAGGCUCACGACAAGCAUGGCGUGUUGGGGCUUCGGGAGACUGUUUCGAGCAAGUUCUUCUACAACAUGGACAUUGUGACGAUCGAGAAGCGUCUGUCCAAUGGAUACUACAAGCGACCCAAGGAUUUCCUAGCCGAUAUCAAGCGAAUGACAAAGGAUGCACGGCAACUUGGCGACCAGGAAAGACUGCUCCGGGCCAACGAGCUCCUCUCCAACGUCGAGGUCGACAUUGCCACCAUUGAACAGGCUGAGCCGCAGUUGGUAACGGAAUGUGAGAAUGUCUACCUCCGAGAGUUGGAGAGGGAGAAAAUUGCGUUGGAAAAGGCCAAGGAAGCUGAAGAGGAAGAACAGGCAUUUGUGGGCCACACAGUGACCAACAACGUGCCACACGGUAAUACAGACUCCGGCCCGUCCUCCGGCCCUGUCGUCUUAGGUGAAUCGUUCCCGGUCAUGAUGCCCGACGGACCAGUCAGACCGGUGACGCCGACACGGCGCUCCAACGUGAGCUUUUUGACCAACGGAUAUCACGAGGGCGGAGGAUCGGAUCUGAACGAUCUGAGCACCCAGGCCGUGAUGAGCAAUGGGUCCCAUGAGUCUCGCCCGGAUGGCGAUGGAGAUGUUUAUAUGACAAAUUCCGAAGAUCACUCCGGUGGGAGAGAAACACAGGGUAGCUCCUUCGGCCCUUCGGCCCAGCCCAAACCCCCUUAUUCUCAUACGGCACCCUCGCAGCAAGUGCGGCGGGAGUCGGGCCUGUCGAGUCUGUCCCAGAAGGGGCCAGUGACCCCCAUGGCCCCCGGAUCUCAACCACAGGACUACACCAACGAAGCGUCCACCACCCAGACAACGUCCGACAAGAAGUCGUCGGAACAGUUGCCUGCCCCUCGGAAUCAUACACAGAGUCCUGUGGCGGGCCACGGGAUGCGGAACGACUUCCCAGACCUCACUCAGUACCCGGACCGCGUGUCGCAGGAAGAACAUCUCCCAGACACGCAGCAAGGCGACAGUAGCCAGCCGUCCCCUCGUCCGCGGGACUCACUGGCAGGCAAUACCGAUUCCCACUCGGAGCACCAUGCCAGUAAUUUUAGCCCCCCUCCGAAGUCACAGCCUCCUGUGCCCCUCUUUGACGCUUCCGCGAAGCCGCACGUCGCUACGAACCUGCAGAGUCUGCUGAAUAACGAGGACCUGUCGCCGAAGUUGGUGCUCGAUCAUGACUAUAUCCAGGAUCUGCAUGAUCAGCUUGCACAACGGACCAGUGGCUGCUCCGUAGAACAGCUGGAGCAGAUCAACACGAGCCUAAUGGAUUACCUAUGGAGCAUGCGUGGGGAGUGGAACCGCAGCCGGGUGGCAGUCGGGAUUCAGGACACGUUCAAUGAGGUGCUGGAAGAUAUGCAAGCCAUGCAGGAUAUUGGUCCCAUGAGUCAGAAGACGAGGGACCAGCUGGAGUAUUGA